AUGACUUGGACUUGCCCGACGGUGCCGGAGUUGUUAUUGGGAUCGACCUGGGCACAACGUACUCGGUGGUCGGGGUGUGCCGAAGGAGGAAGGUGGAGAUUUUAGCCAAUGACAACGGAAGCCGCACCACGCCGAGCAUCGUUGGCUUCCUGGACGGCCAGUCGUACGUCGGAUCAACGAGCCCACGGCGGCCGCCAUCGCCUACGGCCUGGAUAACAAAAAGGGCGUCGGGCCCUCGAAGACCGUGUUCAUCUUCGACCUGGGCGGUGGGACCUUCGACGUGUCCGUGAUGAAGAUCAGCGGCAGCUCCUUCCAAGUCCUGGCCUCGGGCGGCGACACGCACCUGGGCGGGCAGGACUUCGACGUGCUUCUCCUCGAGCACUGCCUCGAGGACUUGAAGAAAACGUUGUCUGCGGCCAAGAAGAAGACAUUGAUGGAGGACAAGCAGGCGAUGCAGGACCUGCGCCAGGCCUGCGAGCUCGUCAAGCGCAAGCUGUCCACCGUGCCGCAGGCGCCCCUCUCAGUCUUCUUGUCGCGGCUCAACAAAGGAUACCAGACGACGAUCUCGAGGUCUAUUUUCGAGACCGUUUGCUCCUCAUUAUUCUUGAAGACCAUUCAGAUCAGCGAGCAGGUGUUAAGCGACGCAAAGGUGACUCGUGGGGAGAUCGACGAGGUGGUGCUAGUGGGCGGCUCCACCCGCAUCCCCAAGGUGCGCGCGCUGCUCCGGGACAUGUUCAGCGGCAAGGAGCUGCACCAGUCUAUCAACCCGGACGAGGCCGUGGCGUACGGCGCGGCGGUGCACGCCGCCGUGCUGACUGGCGACGCCUUCUUCCAAACCGAGGUCAAGCUCAGGGACGUGACUGCGCUGUCCUUAGGCAUCAGUCUAGAAGGGGGAAUGUUCUCCGCUGUCAUACACAAGAACACGCCUAUCCCUUGCAAGGAAACGAAGCGUUACACCAAUUGCGAAGAUUACCAGAGCUCUGUGCUAUUCGAGGUUUACCAAGGUGAGAGGCCCCUGAUCAAGGACAACAUUUUCCUGAACAAGGAGUUCGUGAUUGAGAUCCCACCAAAGCCCCGACCCGAGGCAAAGAUCUCAGUGACUUUCGAGAUAAACGAGAGCGGGCUGCUGACGGUGACGGCCGUGGAGCCCACCUCCGGGCGCCAGGUGCAGGUGCAGGUGACGCAGCAGGAGGCGCACCUCAGCGAGGCCGAGAUCCAGUCCCUCAUCGAGAAGGCGAACCGCUACAAGCGUGAGGACGAGGCUGCACUUGUCGAGGUUGUAGAGGAACUUCGGAGAAAGCGCCUUCGUCUUUCGUAAACUUGUCAUUCACUGCAUUAUCCUAAUCGCAUUUCUUUUAUUGUUUUUAAUGUUACUGUCCAUUGCCUUGUUUUUAAUGUUACUGUCCAUUGCCUAUCACAGUCAUUUCCCCCUUUCUACCUUUUUUUGAAGUUUUGUGACCGCGAAAAUUAUUAUUGUCGUCAUUAUUUUUGUACUGAAUUAAAAGGUCGAACCUCUAUGAA